GAGAGAGAGAGAGAGAGAGAGAGAGAGAGAGAGAGAGAGAGAGAGAGAGAGAGAGAGAAGAGGCGGUGUCAAUGAAAAUACCAACAAUACAAAAAGCCCCCGGGAACACAGACGCUGUCAUGAACGGGAACUAGAGAGGCCACAUCCAUUUCGGCUUGGUCCACACUAUUUUCAUUUGUAAACUUCUUGUAAGCUACAGGGGCAGUGGAGCAAUAUUUCCGUCGAUUUCCGUGCUGACGAGGCACAAUGCAAAGCAUGGACCAACUGAGGCCGGCGCAAUGCGGGCGCAAACCACUGGGUAAACUUGCGACCCGGUUGGAAGAGGUAAAAAACCCAUGGAGACAGGGCUCCAUUCUAGAGCUUAGCCACAACGAAGCGGCCCGGUUGGCAACGGACGCACUGCUGGAGUCCGGAGAGAAGGAUUACCGUCGAGUUCUGACCCAGGAGAGGGAGUUGAACUUUUUGUCGCCGCUUGAAAUUCGUUACAUUACCGAAAAUGUUGCCAAGAACUGCCCCACUGACAGUAGCUCGAACGGGAGCACCGACCGGGACUUUGGGGAGGGGGACGCAGUGUCCGAGCUCACCUCCGGGACUUACUUCCCUAUGAUGUCCGACGAGGAGCCACCAAUGCUGGAGCUGGGUUGGCCUGAGCAGCCGCUUCGCUAUGGGCCCUCAGAAACACAGAUAUACUUCCAGAGGGACAAGUCACACAACAUCAAAGACAUUAUCCGGUCAUUGAUAAAUAAAGCAAAAAAGGUGAUAGCUCUUGUGAUGGACCUGUUCACAGAUGUGGAUCUCCUGUGUGACCUGAUGGAGGCAUCUAGCAAGCGCAAGGUCCCUGUCUACAUCCUGCUGGAUGAAAAGAACCUGGACUACUUUGUUGACAUGUGUUCAGCUCUGGACAUACAGAACUCUCACCUGGGUAACAUGAGGGUCCGUACCGUGUGUGGAGACACCUACUGCACCAAGAGUGGGAAGAAGUUCACAGGUCAAGUCCAGGAGAAGUUCAUGAUCAUUGACUGUGAGGAGGUCAUUGCAGGCUCAUACAGCUUCACGUGGCUCUCCGCCCAGGUCCACAGCAACAUGAUGAUGCACUUCUCAGGCCGCAUCACCGAUAGUUUUGACCGGGAGUUCCGUUGCCUGUAUGCAGACUCCCAGAUCAUAGACUGCUUCCACAACCCCGAAGAUGAGGGCCUUCCCAGCUUCCCCGCCUAUCCCGCCAUGACUUUUCCAGGCAUGGGCAUGGACUUCCUCCCCGAUAGGUCGAGGGAACGGGAGAGGUUGUCUUCAGAGAACUCCAGCAGCCAGUCCAGCAGCAGCAUGUCAAGCGUGAAGGCAGCGCCCGGGAUGGCACCAACCGUGUACAAGGUCACCCAAGGUCACGAGAAGAAGGAGGUGACGAGCGCACACCUGAGCCCCGAGAGGAGGGUGGGAGGGAGCGGAGGUGGGCAGAAUCCCAGCCCUCCCGGCACACGAAUCAACGGAGCCAAUCACAGCCCGGCUCCUGAACGCCCUACUUCCGGGAUAGGCCAAUUGAAAGGGAUUGACUGGACAAAACCCAACACUCCAGACUUCAUGCGUCCGACAGUUGGAGGGACCACGUCAAAGUUCCAGGCGCUAGGUCUGUAUGACCACAAGCUUUUCCAAACCAGCCCUAACCCGGUCUACACGUCCCAUGCACAGCAGUCCCCUGUGGUCGAAAACAAACUCACCCCUAACAAAAGGGCCCCGUCCAACCCUCUUCUCAACAAACUCACUGACUUCUUCAUGUCCCCCGCCAAGGAGAAGGACUCCUACACAUUCCACAGGUCCCCACCCCUCAGCACAGCCUGGGGGGGGCCAGACCUGUCUCAGACAGAGCCAGAGAGCCAGCAGAGCCCCCCUCCCCCCCUCUCCCCCGUGGGCAUCAUAAACAGGCAGGACAAAAACCGAAUGACCCUGGGCCACAGCAAACUGGACUUGGUCAACCACUACAACCAGAUGAAGUCCAAGCAUGUGUACAGCCGCUUCGAGCUGAAGAACAACAACUGAGAGUGGAGUGAGACCCUGUUGUGUGUGUGUGUGUGGUUCUAUGUUCAAGGCUGGUUAAACCUGCAGAUGUAGCCUGAGUCGGUGCUAUGGGAAGGUGUGGGGGCACCCUAAAUAUUUCCCACCGCUCCAAGGGAUUGUUCCUUACUUCACACCUGUGUCCUCUCCAGUGUCUGUUCUGAGGGGUUUGUAGCAGGUAAUUACAAAUUGUGAACUGUGCUUUUACUAUCCCUGCCCGUCCCACAGAGUGUGAUAGAACAGGACAUGGAAUGGUACACAGUACAGAAUGUGCCUGCAUUUUCUUGCCUUUUAAGCUGUAGGUAUGACAGACAGGCCUGUUAGCUUUGCCUUUUCUACCUUUUAGAAAGAUAAAGUAUGUCGUUUUUACAUUUCUCAGUUUCCUAGAUGUGUAGCUAUUUUUUUUUAAGCUUUGGUGAUACUAUGACAUCCCGGUGAGAUAGUAGGAAUGUUCAUUUUUAUCAGGAGUAGUCUUCCAAUGCGCUUGUUGUGGUGGUGCACAACAUUAAUAGUCACGUCUGUUAUGACCCUGACAGUAUCCACUCAAACGUUUUCAGACCAAGAUCAUUGCAUUCCAGUGUGUCGUCAUUCUUUACCAUACACUAUACCAUCUUUAUUUUUUCUUAUUUGCUGAAUUAAUGUUGUUGAACUUUUGACCAAACACACAAGUUUAAAGGCUGUGUUUCAUGCCUCUGUGGCCUGAUUCCACACUCUUAUAAAAUCUAAACAGGUAUAUAUAUAUCACAUGAUACUAUGGCAUCAACACACACUCAUACAGUGAUUUAGAAUCACAAUCAUGAUGUACAGGGGGCUUAUUUACAUAUAUUCUGAUAUAAGAAUGUACAAUAACGAAUAUAAUAUAUUUUUAUUUUCAAACAACCAUUGUCUAUGGUCCAGAUAAUUAAUGACUACUGUUGGUUAUGUAGGGCUUGGCAACACUGUAGCUAUCAUAGAGAGAAAGCUCAUCUCAGUACAUUAAUGUCAUUUAUUUUCUACACAAAAUGUGAAUCUUAGCUUGUGUAUGUACUGUACUUAAACGGAGAAUAAUAGGUGAGACGAGGUUUGUCUUUAUAUUAAUGUUGUUUCUGUUAAAUGUGAGUGUGUUACUGUUACAAAAGAUACACCAAGAUGUUACCAGUUACUAGUGUACAGUACAGUAAUGCAAUAAAGAUGAUUGAUUGGGACUGAA